GGCGCAUCGCAUCGCAUGGCGGCCGCCGCGGUGGCCACCUCCAACGGGGCCUCGGCCAACGGGCCGACGCCCGGGCGCCUCGCCUCCGUGUACAGCGAGGUGCAGACGAGCCGCAUCGCGCACGCGCUGCCCCUCCCCUCCGUCCUCCGCUCCCACUUCACGCUCGCCGACGGGGCCGCCAGCUCCGCCACGGGGAACCCCGAGGAGAUCGCCAAGCUCUUCCCCAACCUCUACGGCCAGCCGUCCGCCGCCGUGGUGCCCUCGGCCCAGCCGGUCGCCACCAAGCCGCUCAAGAUCGGCGUCGUGCUGUCUGGUGGCCAGGCGCCAGGCGGCCACAAUGUGAUCUGCGGCAUCUUCGAUUACCUGCAAGAGCGUGCCAAGGGCAGCACCAUGUACGGAUUCAAGGGAGGCCCAGCUGGGGUCAUGAAGGGCAAGUACGUCGAGCUCAAUGCGGAUUUCGUCUACCCCUACAGGAACCAGGGUGGAUUUGAUAUGAUCUGCAGUGGUAGGGACAAGAUUGAAACACCAGAGCAGUUCAAGCAAGCUGAAGACACGGUCACCAAACUUGAUUUGGAUGGACUUGUUGUCAUUGGUGGUGAUGAUUCAAACACAAACGCAUGCCUCCUUGGUGAAUACUUCAGGGGAAGGAACUUAAAGACUCGUGUUAUUGGUUGCCCCAAGACUAUUGAUGGAGAUCUGAAAUGCAAGGAGGUCCCAACAAGCUUUGGAUUUGACACUGCUUGCAAGAUAUACUCCGAAAUGAUUGGCAAUGUGAUGACUGAUGCUCGGUCAACAGGCAAAUACUAUCACUUUGUGAGGCUUAUGGGCCGUGCUGCUUCUCACAUUACAUUAGAGUGUGCUCUGCAAACACACCCUAACGUUUCACUCAUUGGCGAAGAGGUUGCUGAGAAGAAGGAAACACUCAAGCAAGUCACAGACUACAUUACCGAUGUUAUCUGCAAACGUGCAGAACUUGGUUACAACUAUGGAGUUAUCCUUAUCCCGGAGGGACUCAUUGAUUUCAUCCCAGAGGUUCAAAAGCUCAUUGCAGAAUUGAAUGAAAUUUUGGCACAUGAUGUUGUUGACGAGGCAGGUGCUUGGAAAAGCAAGCUUCAACCGGAAUCUAGGCAACUGUUUGACUUCUUGCCCAACACCAUUCAGGAGCAGCUUUUGCUUGAGAGAGAUCCACAUGGCAAUGUUCAGGUUGCGAAAAUUGAAACUGAGAAGAUGCUUAUUGCCAUGGUUGAAACUGAAUUGGAGAAGAGAAGAGCUGCAGGGAAGUACUCCGCACAUUUCAGAGGCCAGUCUCACUUCUUUGGAUAUGAAGGAAGAUGCGGUCUUCCUACCAAUUUUGAUUCUAGCUACUGCUAUGCAUUAGGCUAUGGUGCUGGGGCUCUUCUCCAAUUUGGAAAGACGGGACUUAUUUCGUCGGUUGGUAACCUUGCUGCUCCCGUGGAAGAAUGGACCGUUGGAGGAACUCCAUUGACAGCGUUGAUGGAUGUUGAGAGGAGACAUGGCAAGUUCAAGCCAGUGAUCAAGAAGGCUAUGGUGGAACUUGAUGCUGCGCCAUUCAAGAAGUUUGCUUCCAUGCGAGAUGAAUGGGCCAUCAAGAACAGAUACAUCAGCCCUGGUCCCAUUCAGUUCAGCGGUCCUGGAAGCGAUGCGUCGAACCACACCUUGAUGUUGGAGCUUGGUGCUCAGAUAUAGAGAUGCUGCACUGUAGAGUGCACCUCUUUAAUUUUCUCUCCUUGCAGUUUUGAGAGUGGAGACGAAAAGCUCCAUGAGUUGAGUCUCCACAUUGUGGAAUGUUUAAUAAGAGCUUCUGGAGUGGAUGGUAGCAAUAAUAACUGAUUUUAGCUUUUA